CGUGGUGCUGAGCGCUGGGGCUGAGUGCAUGCAGUGGUGCUGGGGUUGUGUGGGCACGGUGGUGCUGAGCAGCAGGGCUGCGUGCAUGCAGUGGUGCUGAGGUCAAUUGCAUGCAGUGGUGCUGGGCACUGGGGCUGAAUGGAUGCAGUGGUGCUGAGGCUAAGUACAUGUAGUGGUGCUGGGGCUGAGUGCAUGCAGUGGUUCUGAGCACUGGGGGUGAGUGCAUGCAGUGGUGCUGAGGUUAAUUGCAUGCAAUGGUGCUGAGCACUGGGGGUGAGCAGGCACAGUGGUGCUGGGGUUGUGUGGGUACAGCAGUGCUGAGCAGUGGGGCUGAAUGGAUGCAGUGGUGCUGGGGCGAAGUACAUGCAAUGGUGCUGGAGCUGAGUGCAUGUAAUGUUGCCUGAGCACUGGGGGUGAGUGGGCACAGCAGUGCUGGGGUUGCCUGGGCACAGCAGUGCUGGGCACUGGGGCUGAGUGCAUGCAGUGGUGCUGAGCCCUGGGGUUGAACAGACACAGUGGUUGCUGGGGUUGUGCGGGCACAGUGGUGCUGAGCAGCGGGGCUGAAUGGAUGCGGUGGUGCUGGGGCUGAGUGCAUGGAAUGGUGCUGAGCACUGGGGUUGAACAGACACAGUGGUGCUGGGGUUGUGUGCAUGCAUUAGUGCUGGGCACUGGGGCUGAGUGCAUGCAGUGGUGCUGUGUGCUGGGAGUCAGCAGGCACAGUGGUGCUGGUGUCGAAUGGACCCAGCGGCGCUGGGGCUGAACGCACGCAGUGGCUCUGGGUGCUGGCAUUGGGUCGGGUGCCUUGUCCUGUCCCCUUGGUGCAUCCCUGUGCCCCUCGCUGUGUCCCACCGUUGGGUUCCUUUCGCCUGCAGGUUGGUGGUGGGUUAUUUUUAAUUAAUUCUUGCUGAUAGAUUAAGUGCCCACAGCUCCCCCGGGGCUGAACUGUGUGACUGUGGGGUGGCUGUGGGUGGGACCCCCCCCCCCAAAGAGCCCUUCUUCACAUCCCCAAAGCGCUGUGAGGUUUGGCUGAGGUGCUGCAGUUGUUGUUGUUGUGACCCUAGAAUGGGGACCCUGAAAAGAUGCAGCUCAGCUUCAAGGAGCAGCUGGCUGAUGUUGGAAACGGUGGCCCGAAGGAGCAGGGAGCAACGCUGUCAAAUAACUGUGGGGGCAUGGUCCAGGUGGGAGAGGGGAUGCUGCCCAUCCAUCAGGCGUUUGGAUGUUGAGAACGCUUUGUGGGGAGCCCUCGCUGGGUGUCCGUGCUCCUGUGCUGGGCUCUGAACCCGUCUCACCGCCCGGCUCAUCCGUCCGUCGCCUCGUGGCUGUGGUUGGGGGCACUCAGUGCUGGGGUAGCUUGGCUGCUCCUCUCUGUACCCCUGCCUGGUGCUCAGUGUGGGCUGUGGGUAGGAUUAACCGAGUGCUUCGCCUCUGGGAUGCAGCACGGCUGCAGAGCCACGCACCAGGCUCUGCCUUGGGCUUUGCUGGGCUCAGUGGUGGUGAGGCCGUGAUCUGGAGGUGCUGCUUGCUGUGACCUGGAGCGGGUGCCAGGUGUCGGUGUGAGGCUUAAUGCCUCUCUCUGCUCCUUAAAUAGCCGCCGUCCUGCUGCUCCGUAAGGUCAGCAGCCUCAGGUGCCCUGGGAAGCUGUUCUCCAGCACAAAAGCAACCUGAAAAUGGGUGAAAUGGUGUGAAAUCGAGGACUUUCUCCCUCUGGCUUGCUGGUGAGGGGCGGCCUCAGGGUUUGCGCAGGGAAAAGGCAACCUGGUGCCGUCCUGGUGCCAUCCCAGUGCCAUCCCAUGGGCAGGGAUGUGUGAAGAUGAUGGCACUCAGUCUCUGCUCUGCAGCCUCCAGCCUCAACCCACAGGAGCCAUUCCCAGCGCUGUUCCUUGCAGCUCCUCGUGCUGCUCUGAUGGAAGGGUGCCGCAGGGCGUGCGUGGUGGGAGGGCAGGGAGAAAGCGUCCCUGCAGGGCAGUUGUUCUGUGCCUCACUUGCUGCCUCACACCUCAUGUGGCUUCAGGGGUGAACCACCUCGGCCACGCUGGGUUUGUCGGGGCCGAGCGGCACCAUGGGCACGGCAGCAGAGCCACGUGGGAACGGUGUUUCCUUCACAGGAGCCCGGAGCCUAGCUUUGCUUUCCCUGCCUGCCACCCUCUGCACUCCCGUGCCGCGGGCAGGGAGGGGCAGGAUGGCAGACAGUUCUCCCAACAGGGAGGAGAGGGUUGGAUGGGCGCGGGCUCGCUCGGUGCCGCUGGCAGCACUAACGCCGCAGCAUUUGUGGAGCACAGUUCAUGUGCAAAGCGCUCCUCAAACAUCGUUCAGGCACAAAUGCUCAUCUCUCAGCCCCUCGUGCAGCUCUUGAGCAACAGGAGCUCCCCGGGCGCUGUGCUCCCGGCUCCUGCCCUGCUUGGCACAGCUGGCAUGGCUCAAGGCGUCCCUGCGGUUCCACUGCGGUGUCCCCACUGUGUCCAGGUCCCCACCAGCAGCUGCAGGACCAGGUCCUUCCUACAGGCUGUGGCCAAGGUCUCACCCCUCUGGUGUUCCCUUCUAGGUUGCACCUUUGGUGUCACCGUCACCAAAGUCCCCACCUCGCCACAUUGAGGCUCCCCGCAGGGAAUGGGCAGUGCCAAAAUUCACAGGAACGGAGUCUGCCGCGCCAUUAAGUAACCGGGGCUGCUGCACUCGUGUUAAUUUUUUUCCCCUCCCAUUUAAUUAAAAACCUUAAUUUAAACAAAGCUCCCACGGAAUCAUGUCUGCUGCAGCAAGGUUGCUGCAGGAACCCAGGGUUUUAAACUCAGUUUGCCGUGGACGUGGAGCUCUGCGUCUGAUUUGCAGAAGGAAAAUUGAUACCCACGGGCCAAGCUUUGCUUCGCUUUGCUUCUCUCCCUCGGAAAUAAAAGCAACAAGAAGACAAACAAACGGGUUGGCUGCUGAAAGCCCAGCGAGGUUGGAGGGCUCCUGUGUGGGUAUCACAGUGCAAUGGGGCUGUGCUGCCCGUUGGCUUCCCUAAGCAGGGCUCGCUGAGCUCCGCGCCUGACCUGCGAUGCGAUGCACACGUGCCAGGCUGGCUGUGCCGGGCUCACACCGUCCCCCCUGUGCCACACCAUGGGGAGGGGGAAGGAGAGGAAGUUGAAUCAUUUUUAGCUGAAAUUCCUUCCUUCCUUCCUGCCCCAGAAUAUCAGGAGGGGAAGGGCUGUGCGGCUCGCUGGGGCCGUGGGUUGCAGCGGGAAGCGCCGAUCAGCGCAGCAUCGCACUGCAAGCAUCCCGAUUCCCUUUCCAAGUUGGGUGGUUUUUUUUUUUUCUUUUUUUCCCCCCCCUAUCCCAGCGAGCUGCCCAAUUCCGAGUGGUGUUUUUUCCUCUUUUAUCCCCUGUUUAUUUAUAUUGUUGGUAGCUCCCGUCCCGCUCCGGCCAGGCAGCGUGCCGUGCCGACGUGUCUGACGUCGGUGUCCCCGGGAGGGGACUGCAGGGAGCAGCCAUUUGGAGACGGGGAAGGAAAAAAAGAUCCCAGCCCGGAGCCAGCAGCUGCACGGCUCUGCCUGCAGCCUGACCCACUUUGAGGGUUUGAUCCUGUUUCUCUCUUAAUCGUUUAAUUGUGGCGUUUGCUCUGUGUGGGCAGCACUCGCUGGGCCGGGGGUGUUUGCUCUUUAGUGUGGGUGAUGUGCUUUUUUUCCCUCCUUUUUUUUUUUUUUGCCACUAUUUUCAAGCUGAAUUGCCCUUAGGAUUGCCCUGUCCCAUGGGAAGAAUUCUGCCCUAGGAAAGAGCCGAGUGAUGCCGCUGGUGCCCGCUUCCUCCUGAGUGCUGCGGUGCCACUAUGGGGGCUCAGCAUCCCCAGCUUGCUGACAUGGGGACGUCCCACCCAGAGAUGAUAAUUGAGCUAAAAAUAACCAGAACUGGAGAAAAUAACGUCAGUCCAGGAGCAGGACUUGCCCUGGGCGCAGCAGAGCGUGGGACAUCGGGCUGGGGCCGGUCAGAGCCUGGCAGCCGUGGGGCUGCAGUGAGUCAGGGCCCUCUGUGAGUCAGCCCUGCAACCGCGGAAUUUGGAGCCUGGAGGGCUCCGGAGUGAAAUCUUUGAGGAAAACCCAAGGGCUGAUGUUUGUGUGGUCACAGAUUUAGGAGGUGAUGUCUUCCCCAGCGUUGGGCCAGCGGAGCUCGUCGGUGUGCGUGUCACCUCCAGGGCAAGCAUCUGCACGGCCCCAAAUCCCGGAGAAUUGCACCCAAAAGGGAAAUCGCAGCGCUGCUGCAGCCUGGCUCAGGGCUCGGUUGUGUUGGCGCUGCCUUUGGUUCAGAACAGGCGUGGUUUGGCUCCCCAUAAGUCAAUUAGGAAGAAGCUUAUGCAAAGCCGAAUUAAACUACUCUUUUAGACGGAAAUAAGCCGGCACUGGCCCGGCGGCUGCGGGUUAUCCGGGAAGGGUCCGGCUGUGAGCUCGGUGCACCGGGCUCUGUGCAGCUCCAGUUGCCAGGUUUACAGCACAGAGCUCACAGCACGGCCCCUCUGGGGUCUCUGCACGUGGGGCGAUGCUGAAAGAACCGACCUCAGCUUGGCCUGGAUAAAGGCACCUCCUGCCCCGUGCCCGCCUGCCUGUAAUCCCAUGGGUAAUCCCAGGGGUAAUCCUGGGGUAAUCCUGAUGGGUAAUCGCACCAGGAUCACGUCGGUGUUGUGCCCCUGCAUUUUCAGCCUAUGAAUGUGCCUGGGCUCCAUCCUGCCAAGGUCCUGAUUGCAUCCCCCUGAUUGCAAACGUGAUGGGGUGGAUCAGCAGCUGUGCCCAAUGGCUGCUUGUAUGGGGUUGGAGUUAGCAUGGCCCCAGCAGCCCCCACUGAGAUGCUUCCCAAUGGCCAGGGCCUGCAGGGAGCUGGUUCUGUGCCAUGGCCCUGUGGCACUGGGGCAGGAGGAGAGUGCUGAUCCCAUGGAAAGGGGUGAAUUACUCAAUGCCUGUAAUUGUGGUUUCGGAGCUGUUGAGUCUUGGAAACUGGCAGCGUGGCUCUCCGGCUGGCACUGCCUCCAACUUUGAUCCUGUGGGGGUUUGGGUGGUGCCAGGACCCCACUGUGUGCCCCCAAAGUGGCGACAGAGGGUCCUGGGGUGCCUUUCUUUCAUGGAGGUUGCUUGUCCUGCAGGAUGCGGGGCGGCAGUGUGGAGUCUGGCUGUGCUGUGUGUCCCUCUGUCUCUUGAUCUGUUUGUCUCCUCUUUCCCCCUUCCUGCACUGCUGUCUUCUGGGUCUUGUGCCACCUCCAUUGGGGUCUGUGCUCUGCUGGCAGCAGAGCGGGCAGCAAAAGGCAGCGCCUGCCCAGGUAAGCAGGGUCGGGGCUGCCUGAACUCGCACGCUGCACCCUCGCUUCACUGCAGCCCUUGGGGGCAGGGCACGGACCCAUGGCUGCUCCUGCCAGUGGUGCUGUGGCCCCAGCAUCACUCUCCUGGUGCUCUGGGACUCCCAGCUCCGGCACGGCCCCGCAGCGCUGGCAGGAGCAGGGAUGAGGAAGCAGCUGUGUUCCCAUUUGGGAAUGGAGGCACUGUCUGGGCCCCCACCUCCCGCUGCCAUCCCUCCAGCACCAGGCGAGGGGAUGUGCUGCAUCCCUGCAAUGGCCCAAAGUCCUCAGGCAGCUUGUCCAUGCUGCACCCUGCUGCGGGACCACAAGGCUCAGCGAGGGGGCGAAACAUCACUGAACCAUCUGCUGUCCGUCCGUCUGUCUGUCCAUCUCUCUUCCAUCCCUUGCAGCUUCCUCCCUCUUCUGCCAUCAACCCUUCUGCAGCCUGCCGAGCCCUGCGGCUGCGCGCACUGCAUGACGCCCCUGUCCUCUGCCUGUCCCCUGUGCUGCUCUCCCUCACCCCCCUGAGCAUCCCUUGGGGCUGGGAUGGGAGAAGCGCUUUCCCAAGGGGCAGGCAGGUGCCAGCUGCUGGUGCUUCCCUACGUUGGGCAUGUGUUGUUCCUGAGGAGAAGCCAGGUCUCAGUGGUGACUGGGGACCGUGCUCUCCCUGCAGGUUGAGCAGCCUGUCUUCCCUGGGUGAUUCGUCUUCAGAGCGGAGAUCUCCAGGACACCGCCGUCAGCCCUCUGAUUCCUCCGAGACCACAGGUUUGGUCCAGCGGUGUGUCAUCAUCCAGAAGGACCAGCAUGGCUUCGGCUUCACCGUCAGUGGGGACCGCAUCGUCCUCGUCCAGUCCGUGCGGCCAGGAGGAGCGGCCAUGAAGGCUGGGGUGCAGGAGGGGGACCGCAUAGUCAAGGUGAACGGCACCAUGGUGACCAACAGCUCCCACCUCGAGGUGGUGAAGUUGAUCAAGUCUGGUGCCUACGUGGCCCUGACUCUCCUGGGCUCCCCACCACCGUCAGUGGGGCUCUCCAACUCCCAGCAAGACAUGAGCACGACAGGGGCACCCCGCAACGCCCCUGCCUGCCCCCCACCACCUCCGCCCCCACCACUCCCCCCGCCGCAGCGCAUCACUGGCCCCAAGCCCUUACAGGACCCUGAGGUUCAGAAGCAUGCAACACAGAUUCUGCGGAACAUGCUGCGGCAAGAGGAGGCAGAGCUGCAGCGCUUCUACGAGGCGUACAACCGCAACCCUGGCACUGUGGUGGGGGAGCAGAUCGAGGGAGCGCGCCGGCGGGUCAGCCAGCUGCAGCUCAAAAUCCGCCAGGAGACCGGUGGCUCCGUGGAUCUGGGGAGACUGUGUGGUGAUUCCAGCAUGGCGAUGUUCAGGGCAGCAGAAGGCCGCCUCUCGCUGGACUCUCAGGAUGGUGACAGUGGGUUGGAGUCGGGCACAGAGCGGUUCCCCUCUGUCAGCGAGAUCUCCCUGAACCGCAACUCUGUGCUCUCUGACCAUGGCCUGGACAGCCCACGCACCUCCCCAGUCAUCACCGCCCGCCUCUUCCAGCACCAUCGCCGGCAGGGCUCCGAUACCGCCUUCACCCCCACCACUGAGCAGGGAUCAGAGCGCACGGGACGACCUCUCAUCAUUGGGCCAGAGGAGGAUUACGAUCCGGGAUAUUUUAACAACGAGUGCGACUCCCUCUUCCAGGACCUGGGCAAGCUGAAGUCCCGACCAGCACAUCUGGGAGUCUUCCUGCGCUACAUAUUCUCCCAGGCAGAUCCCAGCCCCCUGCUCUUCUACUUAUGCGCAGACGUUUGCCAGCAGACAACAGCAAAGGAUUCCCGGGGUUUGGGGAAGGAUAUCUGGAACAUCUUCUUGGACCGGAAUGCGCCUCUCCGAGUGAAGGUGUCGGAGCAGCUUCUGGCUGAGAUCGAGGCUCGCCUGCGGAAUGGGGAUGAUAUCCGAGCUACCCUCUUCGAAGCUCAGGAGAUGGUGAUGCCCGAGAUACAGGAGCAGAUCCAGGACUACAGAACGAAGCGCACCAUGGGCCUGGGGAGCCUAUAUGGGGAAAAUGACCUCCUGGACCUGGAUGGGGACCCGCAGAAGGAGCGGCAGGUGGCCGAGAAGCAGCUGGCACAGCUGGGUGAAAUCCUGUCAAAAUAUGAAGAGGACAGGAGCUCCCCCAUGGCCUUUGCCCUCAGCACAUACAUGAACCACACUGGCAUCCGCAGCCGUGAGCCACGUGUGGCCAGCACCAGUGAGAAGGCACAGGCCCUCCCGGACAAGGACAAGUGGCUGCCCUUCUUCCCCAAAGCCAAGAAGCAGAGCAGCAGCACGAAGAAGGACAAGGAUGCCAUGGAAGACAAGAAGCGUAACCCCAUCCUAAAGUACAUUGCAAAGCCCAAAAUGUCCCAGAGCACAUUUCAUGUCCCUUUGUCCCCUGUCGAAGCAGUCAAACCCGGCAAUGUGAGGAACAUUAUCCAGCACUUUGAGAACAACCAGCAUUAUGAGAGCCAGGAGCCUGGCUCGCAGCGUCUCUCCACCGGCAGCUUCCCGGAGGACCUGCUGGAGGGUGACGGAUCUCGUGCUGAGGUCAAGCUGGGCCGCUCAGAGAGCUUGAAAGGCCGUGAAGAGAUGAAGAAAUCGCGGAAAGCAGAAAACGUGCCCCGCUCCCGUAGCGAUGUGGACAUGGAUGCUGCAGCCGAGGCCACCAGGCUUCACCAGUCAGCGUCGUCCUCUGCCUCCAGUCUGUCCACCAGGUCGCUGGAGAAUCCCACCCCCCCCUACACGCCGAAGAUGGGACGCAGGAGCAUUGAGUCGCCCAGCCUGGGCUUCGGCGCCGACCCCUUCCUGCCUCACCUGCUGGAGGAUGAGCAGGGCCAACUCUCGGACCUGGAGCCCGAGCUGGAUGCACAGAACUGGCAGCACACGGUGGGCCGGGAGCUGCUGGCCAGCCUGCCUCAGAAGGAGAUUGACCGGCAGGAAGUGAUCAAUGAGCUCUUUGCCACGGAGGGGUCUCACCUCCGCAUCCUCCGAGUCCUCGACCUCCUCUUCUACCAGCGGAUGAGGAAGGAGAGCCUGCUGUCCCGGGAGGAGCUGGCGCUGCUCUUCCCCAACCUCCCAGAUGUGAUUGAAAUCCACAAUUCCCUCUCCGAAUCUAUGAAGAAGCUCCGGGAAGAAGGACCAAUCAUUAAGGAAAUCGGGGAUCUCAUGCUGUCCCGGUUCGACGGCCUGGCCAAGGAGGAGAUCCAGCAGGUCACUGCUGACUUCUGCUCUUAUCAGUCCAUCGCGCUGGAGCUUAUCAAGACCAAGCAGCGCAAGGAGACCCGUUUCCAGAUCUUCAUGCAGGAAGCAGAAAGCAAUCCUCAGUGCCGGCGCCUGCAGCUCAAGGACUUGAUCAUCUCAGAAAUGCAACGUCUCACCAAGUACCCAUUGCUGCUGGAGAACAUCCUCAAGCACACUGAGGCGGGCACCUCGGAGCAUGACAAGCUGUGCCGGGCCCGAGACCAGUGCCGGGACAUCCUCAAGUAUGUGAACGAAGCGGUGAAGCAGGCAGAGAACCGACAUCGGCUGGAGGGCUACCAGAAACGCCUGGAUGCCACCUCGCUGGAGAGGACCAGCAACCCGCUGGCAGCUGAGUUCAAGAGCCUGGACCUCACCUCCCGGCGCAUGAUCCACGAAGGGCCGCUCACCUGGCGUAUCAGCAAGGACAAGACCGUGGAUCUGCACGUGCUGCUCCUUGAGGACCUCCUGGUGCUGCUGCAGAAACAAGAUGAGAAGCUGGUGCUCAAGUGCCACGGCAAGACAGCUCUGGGCUCCUUGGACAACAAGCAGACCUUCAGCCCCGUCCUCAAGCUCAACUCAGUGCUCAUCCGCUCCGUGGCCACAGAUAAACGAGCCUUCUUCAUCAUCUGCACGUCAGAGCUGGGACCCCAGAUCUAUGAGCUGGUGGCACUGACGUCCUCCGAGAAGAACACGUGGAUGGAGGUGCUGGAGGAGGCGGUGCAGAGUGCCAUGAGGAAUGCCACCUUCCCCCCGAAGCGCCAGAUGCCAGAGCCCACCCGCAUGGCACCUUCAAGCCUGGUGUUGCAGGACCCUGAUGUCUCCCCCAUCCUAUCCCAAGUCAGCAGCUCUGCAGCAGAGGUGGAGGAGAGCUCCUCAGCAGAUGACAAUCCCACGGAGCUGCUGGGCAGGGAGCAGCCCCCCGUGCUGCUGGAGGAGCCGGAGAGCAGCGAGGUGGAGGAGGAAGAGCUUCCUGCUGGAUCCCUGCACACAGAGGUGUCUGGUGCUCUCCCAGAGCCCUCCAUGCGCCUGGCACUGCCAGUUCCCAGCCCGGCCGAGGGGUUGGCCGAGGCAGCCCUGGAGGAUGUGGAGAACCUGCGGCUGCUGAUCCUGCGGCGGCUCCUGCCCAGCCGUGACACAGAGCCUGAGGAUGACCUGACACCCACGCCGUCGGUCAUCGGUGGUACCCACACCUGGGACUCGGUGCUCUCCAGCCAGGAUUCAGCCUCCCAGGAGGUGCUGGCUGAGCCCCCCAGUGCUGCCGAGGAGCCAAAGCCCCCAGUGUCUGCUGAGGAGCAGAGCAGCUACAAGGUGGUCCGGAAAGCCCCAGCGGAGGGUGCUCAGGAGGCCACGCCCUCGCCAGGCAGCAGCCAAUCAGAAACUGAGCUGCAGGAAGGAGGCGGAGCUAAUGUAGAUGGUAACUACUUCUACGUCAGCAUGCCUGCCGGGCCCCCCGAGCCUGCGCCGCCUCCAGGACCCCCCCAGGCCAUCCAACCGGAGGAACCCCCCCGGCCCAGCGCUGCUGAGGGUCCCCCAGACCCACCCGGCCCCCUCCACGAUGUCGACCUCAUCUUCCGCACCAUCGAGCAGCUGACACUGAAGCUCAACAGGCUGAAGGCUGUGGAAGCUGCCCACCGGGAGCUGCUGCGGUCCCUGGGUCACAGCUCAUCUGCAGACACCACCCCUGUGGGGCUCCCGGCCCCUGGGAUGGAGGGGUGGUCCCAGCGGCCCCACAGCCCCGAGGCUGACAGCCCCCUGACCCGCUCCCUGCGGAGCCUGCAGGGCCACAGCACCAACAUCCCAGGCUGCAGAGCCCCCUUGGCCGAAGACCCCGCGCACACCGCCGACCUUUAGCCACGGAGCGGGGUGGGGGUCUCCCCCCCACAAUCACUCAAAGCUGGGGAGCUGCCCACCAGCCCCCUCCACCCCCUGGCGGCUGGGAGCAGUGCCAGCCUCACCUGGGAGGUGGUGGGGGGGCUCCUCUUGGAAGGAGGGAGCACAGGACCCCUGGGCCCCCCCCCACCCUGCAUGGCAGCCCCAGCCUGGCUCCCUGCACCCCUGGCCGCGAGCGCUGGAUCUAGUCUGUAUAAAUGCACUUUGUUUUGUUCCUCUCCGUGCUGCGGCCCGCCGCUCCCCGCUGACUAUAAAUAUGUACGUAUGUGCACCCGUCGUGUAAAUAACCCCCCCGCCCCCCCCCCCCCCCGUGUCACCCCCAUUGGGGACAGCGUUGUCCCCAGGGCUGGGGCGAAGGGCAGCGUCCGCCCAUCCCACGCGUAGAGGCGAGGCCGGCGCUGGGGUGUCUGAUAUAUAUAAUAUAUAUAAUAGAGCCGAGACUGACUGGUU